AACAAAGAAAUCAAAUUGACAGCUGACAUUUGCCGACACAAACUCGUCAUUCUUGCGAAUUUUAUGUGAAUUCGACAUUAAAAAUUAAUUAAUUAUUUUCAUUGCGCCUUAAACAAAAUUAUAUUAAUAAAAUGAGUGAUGACUUUGAACCAAUGGAGCCAAGCUUGCGCAAUAUUGUCGAGCAAUCAUCAUUGAAGUGGAUAUUUGUAGGCGGCAAAGGUGGUGUUGGUAAAACAACAUGCAGCUGCAGUUUAGCGGUGCAAAUGUCCAAAGUGCGUGAAUCAGUGUUGAUCAUUUCCACAGAUCCAGCCCAUAACAUUUCUGACGCGUUCGAUCAGAAAUUCACAAAGGUGCCAACCAAGGUGAAUGGCUUCACAAAUUUAUAUGCAAUGGAAAUUGAUCCAAACGCAGGUCUUAACGAAUUACCGGAUGAAUAUUUCGAAGGCGAAAAUGAAGGUUUACACUUGAGCAAAGGUGUGCUACAUGAAGUCAUCAAUGCUCUGCCUGGUAUAGAUGAAGCAAUGAGCUAUGCGGAAGUGAUGAAACUUGUCAAAGCAAUGAACUUUUCAGUGGUCAUCUUUGAUACAGCGCCCACGGGGCAUACAUUGCGUCUGCUUUCCUUCCCGCAGGUCGUUGAGAAGGGUUUGGGCAAAAUGCUGCGAUUGAAAAUGAAAAUUGCUCCAUUUAUUUCACAAAUUGGUGGCAUACUAGGUAUGGGCGACUUUAACGCAGACUCGCUAACACAAAAGCUUGAUGAAAUGUUGAAAAUAAUAAGACAAGUAAAUGAGCAAUUUAGAAAUCCGGAUCAAGCUACAUUUGUUUGCGUUUGCAUUGCUGAAUUCCUUUCGUUGUAUGAAACUGAACGACUGGUGCAAGAGUUGACUAAAUGCGGCAUUGAUACACACAAUAUAAUAGUUAAUCAACUUUUAUUCAAGAAACAAAACCAGGAACCGUGUGGCAUGUGUGCCGCGAGAUAUAAGAUACAAGAAAAGUAUCUAGAUCAAAUUGCUGACCUGUAUGAAGAUUUCCACGUGACAAAAUUACCGCUGCUCGAAAAGGAAGUUCGGGGUGUGGAGAAUAUUAAGAAUUUUUCAGAAAACCUGCUUAAACCUUAUAGUCCUAAUUAAUAACUAAUUAUACAAAUAAUGUAUAUACUGGUACGGAAACAUUGGUGUAACAAUUUCAAAACUAGCGUCUUUAUUUCAUAUAAAAGCAAAUGAAAUAAAUCGUUUCGCAAUCACAACUGUAUUCCAAUUCAUAUACUUUAAUAAAAAACGAUGAAGAAUAUAUUUAAAUAAAUAUAGGCUUUCUUAAUAAAUUUGUUUUUUUAGUUUUUCUUCUUAUUAUUUAAAGAUAUCGUUACUAUUUGUUUUAAUAAAAUUAUACUAAAGGUACUCAUACCGAUUAUUCAUGGAAACCCGAUAAACUCACAACACAAGUGAGAGUGAAAAUAAAAAUGACGUCUAGCUGCGGCAAAAACUCUCCUUUAUAUAACAAGCAAUGACAUUUGUGUAAAUUCACCGGUGGUAGACGAACUUACGAAAUUAUCGCAUUUCAACCACGAAAUACUUUAAUAACUUGCAGCAGACAGUCAAUCAACUUUAAAUAAAUUAAUACGCAACCAGAAAAACAGCUGCACAAAACAAUGGCAAGCGAAGGAGCAAGUAACCAAAAUGCAGUUUGCACACUGUGUGACAAGAUCGGACUUAAGCCAUUCACCAAGCAAAACGUAUU